AACAUAUCUUCCUCGCUCAGUUAACACUUGUCUACAUUUUUCGUUUGUGUCGGUUACUCUUUCAUCCUUAUAUCUCUUUUGAUCCCCGCUAUUGUUGGAGUUAAACAGUAACAUGCAAGCCGAUGACUUCCAAACAUAAUGGCCCAUACCCAUCUCCUCUCCUUUGCCUAUAUAUAUCCUAAUCCUUGUGCAGACUGUCAGUAGGAAAAUCCUCUUUAUCUCCAUACAUAGUCUUUGUUCACAUAUUUUUCUACUCUUAACAAUGGAGUGCUGUGACACAAAAUUAAAAUCACAUUCUCUUUCGUCUUCGCCUUCUCCUUCUCGACAAUCUGUGGUGUUAAGCCCUUGUGCUGCUUGCAAGAUAUUACGUCGAAGAUGUGUUGAAAAAUGCAUUUUGGCGCCUUAUUUUCCUCCAAAUGAUCCACUGAAGUUCACUACUGCUCAUCGGGUGUUUGGCGCGAGCAAUAUAAUCAAGUUUUUGCAGGAAUUGCCCGAGUCUCAAAGAGCCGAUGCUGUGAGUAGCAUGGUUUAUGAAGCGAAUGCCAGGCUUAGGGAUCCCGUAUAUGGAUGUACGGGAACAAUUUGUCAACUCCAACACCAAGUCAACGAGCUCCAAGAACAAUUAGCCAAGACACAAGCAGAACUCGGGAACAUGCAUUGCCAACAAAAGAAUCUUAUGGCUCUCAUUUGGAUGGAAAUGGCACAGUCUUCACCAAUAUCUUCAUCACAACAAUCCUUGGAUACCAUCAUUAAUUUCCAAGAUGAAAGCAACUUAGGAUACUUAUGGGAACAACCCCUUUGGACAUGAUCAUAUUUAUUUCUAUAUUAUUACAAUAUCAAAGAUGGUCAGACCUAUAUUUAUAUAUAUAUAUAUUUUUAAUAUCGAAUUCAAAACUUAGAAUCCCAAGUUUGAAACUGUUGAAGUUUCUUGGCUAAUGAAAUUAUCACCGAGGAGAAAUUCAGAAAUAUAAAGAGCAAGUAUUCUAUAUGGAAGAAAC